CGGCGUUGUUACAUCCGGAUCUGGUCACCUACAUCACAGGCUGCCAGCGCUCCUAUAUUUCUCUCUCCUAAAUAUAAUCCGUGUCUAACGUCUCCGUUAAUCAUUCACUGACGGUAACUCUAUUGUCGGAGAAAAGAAACCGCAACGAAAGUCGAUGAACUCAUCCAAAACGCGCCGGAAAGUCGUCGUAGCCUCGGCGGAGAAUGGGGACUCUGGCGACAAGCUCGACCAGCUCCUCCUAUCCUCCGCCAUAUCCAACGGAGAAGACUUAUCCCCUUUCAUCCGCAAAACCUUCGCCUCGGGUAAGCCCGAAACCCUACUCCACCACCUCCGUCAUUUCUGCAGAUCCAAAGAGGCUGAGAUCGAAGAAGUCUGCAAGGUUCAUUAUCAGGACUUCAUAAUGGCUGUCGAUGACCUCCGUUCUCUUCUUUCCGGCGUCGAAUCGCUUAAAUCAUCCAUCUCCAAUUCAAACUACCAGUUACAGUCUGUUGCCGGCCCUCUCUUAACAUCUCUCGAUUCUUUCAUAGAAGCGAGAAAUAAGUGCCAAAACAUAUCCCUUGCGAUCGAAUCUCUUCGAAUUUGUGUCCGAUUAAUGGAGCUUUGCUCGCGGGUGAAUUUUCAUCUAUCGAAGAAUAACUUUUACAUGGCGUUGAAGUGUAUUGACUCGAUCGAGAGAGACUUUAUACAAAAGACGCCGUCGUCCACGCUCCGGAGGAUGCUCGAGAAGAACAUCCCUGCGAUCCGAGCACACAUCGAACGGAGAAUCAGCAAAGAGUUUGGAGAUUGGCUUGUUGAGAUCCGUACGGUGAGCCGGAACUUGGGGCAAGUUGCUAUCGGACAAGCGUCGGCCGGUAGACAGAGAGAAGAAGAAUUACGGAUCAGGCAACGGCAAGCCGAGGAGCAGAGUCGCCUCAGCGUGAGGGACACUGUUUAUGCUCUCGAAGAAGAAGACGACGACGGUUACUCUAUAGGAAACGAAGGCAACGAUGUUUAUGGGAACGGCGGUAAUGUUAAUGUCGCUCUAGGUUUUGAUCUGACUUCAUUGUAUAGAUCCUACCAUAUCCAUCAAACUCUUGGGCUUGAGGAUGGAUUCAAAAAGUAUUACUUCGAAAACCGGAAACUUCAAUUAACUUCGGAUUUCCAGGUAUCUUCCAUGACACCUUUUUUAGAAUCUCACCAGACGUUUUUCGCUCAGAUAGCCGGAUUUUUCAUAGUUGAAGAUCGCGUUUUAAGGACCGGGGGUGGAUUGAUAACGAAAAUGGAAGUAGAAAAUCUGUGGGACACUGCUGUUAGCAAAAUGUGUUCUGUGUUAGAAGAUCAAUUUUCUAGGAUGCGAACAGCCAAUCAUUUGUUACUGAUCAAGGAUUAUGUGAGUUUGCUUGGUGUCACUCUGCGGAGGUAUGGAUACUCAGUUGAUGCCUUGCUUGAUGUGUUAAACAAGCACAGGGAUAAGUACCAUGAGUUAUUGUUAUCAGAUUGUCGGAAACAAAUUGCUGAAGCUGUUGCUGCAGAUAAGUUUGAACAGAUGUGGAUGAACAAAGAGUACGAGUAUUCCAUGAACGUUCUUUCUUUCCAGAUACAAACUUCUGACAUUGUACCAGCAUUUCCUUACAUUGCUCCAUUUUCUUCCACUGUGCCUGAUUGUUGUCGAAUCGUGAGGUCCUUCAUCGAAGAUUCUGUUAGUUUCAUGUCUCAUGGUGGACAGCUUGAUUUCUAUGAUGUUGUGAAGAAAUACUUAGAUCGGCUUCUGACUGAAGUCCUGGAUGAUGCUCUUCUAAAGCUUAUUGGCAGUUCAAUCAGUGGGGUGAAUCAAGCCAUGGUUGUUGCAGCUAACAUGGCUGUUCUUGAACGAGCCUGUGAUUUCUUCUUCCGCCAUGCUGCAAAGCUUUCUGGGAUCCCUCUUAGGAUGGUGGAAAGAAGUAGGCGGCAGUUUCCCCUGACGAAAGCACGCGAUGCAGCUGAAGAAAUGCUGUGCAGUUUGCUUAAAAAGAAAGUUGAUGGUUUCAUGACAUUGAUCGAGAACGUGAAUUGGAUGGUUGAUGAGUCACCUCAGAGUGAAAACGAAUAUGUGAAUGAGGUGAUCAUCUUUCUGGAGACACUUCUUUCCACUGCACAACAGAUAUUACCUGGUCAGGUUCUGAAACGAGUGUUACAAGAUGUUCUUUCCCACAUCUCGGAAACAAUUGUUAACUUUUUAGUUGGUGAAUCUGUGAAAAGGUUCAGUUUGAAUGCUGUGAUGGGGAUUGAUCUAGAUAUCAAAUUGUUGGAAUCAUUUGCUGAAAACCAAGCUUCUCUUGUAUCUGAAGAAGAUGCUAAUCAGCUGAAGAAAGCACUUGUUGAGUCAAGGCAAUUAGUUAACUUGCUUCUCAGUAAUAACCCAGAGAAUUUUUUGAAUCCGGUAAUCAGGGAGAGGAGCUAUAAUGCUUUGGAUUACAGAAAAGUAGGGAUCAUUUCAGAGAAACUAAAGGAUCCUUCUGAGCGACUUUUUGGAACUUUUGGAUCAAGAGGCUACAAGCAAAAUCCAAAGAAAAAAUCCCUAGACUCUUUAAUUAAGAGGCUCAAGGAUGUCAACUAACACCCUGUGUCUACUCUACUUUCUUCAAAAUUCCCAGGUGUCACUUGAAGAGAUCUCAAAGGAGUGGUGUUAGUGCAAAAGAUGGUUUGGAGCAAUUCAUAUUUGUUGGUUGUGGUUGUGGUUGUGUGAUUAAUUUUGUUUCUUGGACUAGUCCCAGUAUAAAAAUGCGCUCAUUAAUAGGUUGUAAGUAAAGUUAAAAAAAAAAAAAACAGAUUUGUGUCAAAUUCUUUAUUCUUAUAUGCGUAUCAUUAGUAAUGAACUAAUAUCACGAGUUACUUGUCUGUUAAAGUUAAGCUAAUUACAUGUUUUGCCUAUAACUACUUUGUUAACAAAAAAUGUGCAACUUAGAAUCCGACAAAUUGCCCACCAGAUAUGCUUUUACGAUUACAAAGAUGCUCCAAAGGAUAUGCCUUGUGCUUCCAGAUAAGUUAAUCAAUGUCUAGCUGUUUGAGGAGACAACUUUAUAACAAUUAUAUAUGAUUAUUGACAAAUUAUGCUUCUAGUGUCUCUCAAUCCAGUACAUUCUAAUUAAACAACAAAAUUAAUUCAGGGAAACUGACAUGACCCAUGACAUAAUUAAAAUAGUUUUUGAAAACUUUUAUCAUUUAUGUUUUAUGUUACUUUGUAAAUUUAUACUCUUUGGGUCACCAAGGUUUUGUUAAUACUCAACAGACCAAUAAACAAUUUUUUUUGGGGUUCUAAUUAUACCAUUGGAAUGAAUUUCAACUGAAUAAACUGAUAUAUAAUUCUGUGUCGUUCGAUGUAGCAUUUAAUAUGACAUAAAUUGUUCACGUAUGUCUAUCUCAAGAUGACAUGGGGUCUAUUGUGACAUCAACUAUGACAAAAUUGUAUCCUUAAAAAUCUACUCUAAUGAUGUAAAGAACCUAAAAAAAGCUUGUUGACAUGUUGAAUACUAGUAUUAAAAGAUAAAUGACUUGAAAAAACAACCUAGAUUAUUGGUUGUCAUUUCAUCACAUUAAAUAACAUACUUUCAAACACAAAAUGCAUGUACAAAAUAAUUUAACUACAUUUUGUGGAUAAAUAAGUCAAAAGUGUUAUUGGUACAAACACGGGGUGUUUGGAUUAGCUUUUUAGCUUAUUGUUUAUAGUUUAUUUGUGGUGGGAAUAAAUAAUAAGAAUGAGGAGAGAUGCUUAUUAAAAUUAGCUUAUUUAGCUUAAUAAACUGGAUUUUAUCCAAACACUCAAAUUAGCUUAUUGUGGAAUAAGCAAUAAACACAUCUUUUUUUUCCUAUCCAAACACGCCCUUGUUAUCUAUAAGCAUUUAGAUAAAAGAAAAUAAAAUGUUUGUCACAGAAAAUCAUAUAUCUAAUGAUUUAAUGAAAUAAUAAUAAUUGAGUACAAUGUUAUUUAACUAAAAAAAAAAAAGAAAUAAGAUGAAUACAGGACAGAAGUAACUCUAACUAUAUGGAUGAAGUCGAGACAGAAACGCAAGGAGUUGAUGAGACGAAGAUGAGGUCAGAUCUUCUCUGGCGGAUUACCAGUUCAUCUCCUCCGCCAACUCGCUUUCUUCUUCUAUCAUCGUUCUUCCUGCUUCUCCACUUAAUUUCCUCCGCUGCCUCCGAUACGCCUACAGCAUACGAUGAGCUAUUGGAGUACGAUUUUCCGGUUGGCCUUCUUCCGAAAGGCGUCACAGGCUACGAUCUGAACAAAGAGACCGGAGAGUUCAAGGCAUACAUGAAAGAGACCUGUUCUUUCAAAAUUCAGGGCUACGAUAUCAAGUACAAGUCAACGAUUAGCGGCGUGAUAGAGAAAGGGAAGCUGAAAAAUCUUAAGGGGAUAAACGUCAAAAUACUGGUGGUGUGGUUGAACAUCGUGGAGGUGACUCAUGUCGGCGAUCAAAUCAAUUUCUCAGUCGGAAUCCUAGCGGCCGGAUUUGAGGUGAGUAAUUUUCUGGAAUCACCACAGUGUGGUUGUGGAUUUGAUUGUAAUGGUAUGGUUUCGGGUUCGGAUCACAAGUUUUUGAUGUCUUCUUAGUGAUCUGAGUUUGUCCAUGGCUGUGAUGGCAACUGCGCAAAUAAUUCCAAGGACCAAGUUUGCAUCAUGAAUUGAUAAUCGUAAAUUGUAUUUGAUUACAUGUUUCCCAAAUAAUUGUGUCAAAUUGAACAAAUUGUCGUGGAAACCGAUGAAUUGGCUUCUAAAUCCAGAAAUUUCAAUUGAUUAA